CACUACAUCCGGCGCCGCGGCGGCCGCCGCACAGCUGGCGACGACUGCGCGCAUCUAGCGGGGGUGACGGGUAUGCUGCACCGCCGGCGAGCAAGGUGCUGGCGACCCCGUAUACCCGACCCCUUCUAAAGUCCGAAGGACGGCUCGUAGUCCAACCUCUUCGCGCGAAGGAGCAAGCCGGCCGCGCCGCACGGUGAUGGCCGGCGACGCGUUGGUCAGAGCACGCUGCUUCCGAAGACACCGCUUCUCCUGAUCGACGAUUUUUUAGUUUUUUGGCUACCUCGUCGCCAUGGCCGCUACCAUCGCCCGCAUCCCGUCCGAGCCGCGCUACAUCGACAGCUUCUUCUACAAGUACGCGCUGUCCGUCGCCGCCGCAGCUGUGGCCGAGACGACAACCUACCCGCUGGACAUCGUGAAGACGCGACUGCAGGUCCAGGGGGAGCUGGCUGCCAAGGGUCAAAUAGUCGACCGACGGGGCUUCUUCAAGACUGCGGCAGGCAUCGUGCAGGAGGAAGGUGUGCUAAAGCUGUGGAAGGGGCUGCCACCAGCCAUCUACCGGCACCUCAUCUACAGCGGCUGCCGGAUGAACUUCUACGAGAGCAUGAGGGACCGGUUCCUGCGGAACAAGGACGGAACGCGCGCUCCCCUCUGGAAGUGUGUCCUGGUGGGGGUGGCGGCGGGUGGCAUGGGCCAGUUUCUGGCCAGCCCCACAGACCUGGUCAAGGUGCAGAUGCAGACUGAGGGGCGUCGUGCUCUCAUGGGACUGCCACCCAGGGUGACAGGUACUUGGCAGGCACUAAAGAAGAUUGCCUCUGAGGGCGGGAUCCGGGGCCUCUGGAGAGGGGCUGCCCCAAACGUCUACCGCGCUGCACUCGUCAACCUUGGCGAUCUGACGACGUACGACACAGGAAAGCGGCUGCUCCUGCAGCACACGAACCUCAAGGACAACUACUUCACCCACUCACUCGCCAGUGGGAUGUCCGGCCUGAUAGCUGCAACCCUUGGCACGCCUGCUGAUGUGAUCCGCACGAGGGUCAUGAACCAGCCAACAGACAACCGGGGAAGGGGUCUGCUCUACAGCUCUCCCCUAGACUGCCUACUUAAGACAGUGCGGGGCGAGGGUUUCAAGGCACUUUACAAGGGCUUCUUCCCCAUCUGGGCACGCAUGGCACCAUGGUCUUUCACAUUUUGGGUCACGUAUGAGGAGUUCAGACGUUUUGCCGGCGUCCGGUCAUUCUGAAGAUGGCCCUCGCCGACUUCUUUAGACCCACAAUCCCAUGUUCCUGCCCAUCUUUCUAGUUUUAUUUUUCAUCUUCAUAUCAGAAAGAAAAAAAGAAUUAUAUGUUGCGGCUCUUUGAUAGAAGUUGCUGCUGGCAUAAAGCAUGUGCAGUAUUUUUUUUUAACUUGUUUGUUUCGGUGCUUCUUGGGACAUUUGCAAGAGACCGUGCAAGCCACCGUUUUCUAUUUUGUUGUUGUUGUUCUUGUAGUUGUUAUUGUUGCCAUUGUUUGUCGCCAUUGCUUUGGACGUGUGUGGAAGUUAGUGGGAUGAUGGCUUGGCGGGGCCAGGGCGUGCUUUGUGCGUCGGCAGACGCAUCGUCGUUGUAUUACAAGAGCUUUUUCUGUGUGCGUGCACUGCGGCUGUGAUGCUAGAGCACUAGGUGGUACGUGUGCAAAUGACAGUGCUGUUUAUAUGAAAAGGUCAUGUCACUGCGUAGAGUCGUGGUGGAUUGGUUUUUAUUGGCCGGUGGCCAUCUUUACUCAUGGGGAUGAGAAAACGGCAUGACCCUAUGGCAGUUAGAUUUUGGGAGCGUUUAAUGCUUUGUUUCACUCUGAUGGUGAAAGGACGCUGGGAGCGGGUGCUGCUGCGAGGCUUUAUUUUCCUGCUUGUGGAAAUAUAAAUGCGAUCAUAGGGUGGCAUUGGAGCUCUGAAACGUGUGUGGUAUAGUGGUGACUGCUUAGCAAAGUUAAGGUAUGUUUCUUGCCCAAAGUGCGUGCAAUGUUUGGUGGCUGGUAAUGUAAAUGUGGUUGUGCCUUGAAGGGCUAGCAGUCGCAAGUUACAUGCAUUUAGUUUUAUGUAUUGCGUCUUUUCUUAUCCCAAUGCUCUAUCCUUCUCUUGUGCUGUUCGCUUUUCACAUUGCUUCCUGUCCGAGUUUCCUGCGCCUAAUCAAACACGUGACUGCACUAAGGGCAGAGUUUUGCUUGGUAUCUUGUAUUUUGGCAUUGUAAAAUGAUCCCCUUGCCUGAUUAUACAAAGUGGCUGUAAACUUGAGUAUUUAACGCCAUAAUGGUGAACUUGUAGACUAUAAGUGCAGUCCUACAGUCAUUGUCAUACAGUGAAAAAAAAAAUAUGACGCAAACGUGAAGCAGGGUCAAUCAACUCAAGUGCCCUCUCAGAUGGGUGUUUGUCGAAAACAUGCGAUUGUUUUAUACAGCGGAUAACUGACUGUGUAAUCUUUCACCUAUCAAAGGGUUUCAUACUGUAUAAAAUGUUCACGUAUCUUAGUGUUUCUGACUUAUGUGUCGAAGCAUUUGUUGCUGUACAAAAUGUUCACAUUGUUUCAAUACAGGCCAUUAGCUGAAAAUCAGUGGCUGUGUCCUUGUUUGUGCCAUUUUUUUGAUGCUGUAAUAUUGUGUUGGUAGCACUUCACUACGGUGGUCUUGGCUAAAGACACUUUUCCGGAGUGUGCCAGUCUGAAACAACUUGAAGGUGAACAUGUUGCGUUUGAAGAAGCAGGGUUAAACUCCCUUCCACAGCUGAUUCCUUGUGAAGACGUGUAAACGAUGCGCCAGUUUAGUUUGCUCUUUACUACUGCUAUCCUGGAGUGUCGUUUUCACUGAAGAUCAAGUCACCAUUGAGCCAGAAGUGACCGCUCAUGCAGCUUGGUUAAUGUUAAGGCCGACCACAGAUAAGGGACUUAGACAGGCUGGUUGGCUACUGGCUUGAUGAAACAUGGUUAAAUCGGCUUGUGUAAGGACGGGACAGAGAAAGAAUACACAGAGGACAAAGCUCAGUUGAAGUUCAGUGAUUGUCCUCUGUGCAUUCAUUCUUUGUCUCGUCCUCACACGCACCAAUUUAACCAUGUUUCAUCAAGGCCGAUCACUUUUGUGUCACUCCAGAUGGCGUCCAUUGCUUGUGCGAAAUUUCUUUCGACGAUCACGAUUGGUCAAAUGGUUUGCGCACAUUGAUGAAGCAUGAUAAAUGUGCUUAAAAAGCUGACCGCAGCCAUCAUCUUAUUUCUCUUUGUCCGAGAAGCUGAUGUUGAAGAAAAGGGUAGGCACAUUGAAAGUACGUGUCUAGGAGGGGUAAAAGCUACUGCUUUGAAUGUUUUUUUUUUUUCUUGCAUGUCUUGGCGGAAGAAAAUGUGGAUUUUCUCAUGGUUUGUUAGACCAGCCACCAGCAGCACAGCACAAAAAAAAAACAUGCCUUGCUUUUCUUUGUUAGUCAAGUUGUUUAGUAAUACUGCUAAUUUGUUUUGUUUUGUUUAUUAACCUCUUUUGAGUUAUGCUGAUUUAUUUAGUACGCUUGAGUUGACUGCAUUUUGCAGUGCUUUAUACUUGUUACAGAUAUACUGUGUGGAUACACUACCGAAUGUAUGAAAAAAAAAUGUUGCUUCAGACAUGUUUUAAUGUUUGAUCGACCAUAUGACACUGAUCUCAAGGUUAUGUGCAUAGCAUCUGUGAAACAUUUUAUAUGAACUCACCUAAAAAUAAAAAUUGGUUUUUAAUUGCAACGUAUAUAUCAUGCCUGCACGUUCUGGAGGAAAAUAUUUUUGUUAUUUCGUUGUAUACGAGCCUGUGUGGCGUGCUUUGAGAACAAUUCUUGGGGGCAGGGGGGGGGGAGGGAGCUGGUAGUGCUGAAGCCAGAUGUUUCAGUAAACGUUGCGAGCAACGUUUUGCUUUUUUUCUAAAAGACGUUUUAUUGUAGCUUUACUACAUCUGGCCAAGUGCAAAGUUUCAUUGCAGUUGCUCGAUGUCCAAUAUACUGCGUAGGUUUUAGUUGACGUGCUUAAAACCUUUCCGCGACAUCUAUGUACAUUUGUGUGCAAACUGCAAAGCGUACGGAAACUGGGGUGGUGUGUAUGAGCACUUUACACACUCGUGUUUUGUGAAUAUGUAAAUUCCCGACGUGUGUUUUUUUGUUACCCUCGAGAGAAGCAUAGGUUUAUGACAUAUAUAUAUACAUCCACAUUACACACAAGCCUUGACAAUGCAGUGCCUAGGCGGAAAGUGAGAGCAUUGUCGGACGUGUUGAAUGCAUGGCAGUCAGUUGUGCUUUUGUAUGUACUCGUUGAACGUGGUGACGCUUUGCAUGCGAGCCUGUUGGCUCGUGGUAAUUGCAUUUUCUGUUUGGAACAGCAGAGAUCCUGGAAUGCACAGAUCCACGACACUCGCUACACGGCGUGCCAUGUUUUUUCAGCCGACCAAUAGUGUCGCCACGAGUGGUGUUUUGUGCUAAUAAAAACUGUCCAGAAGUUGUGUUAAA